CUUCUGGUUGCUCGUAUGAAGUUUGCGUCACAUUUUGAAACCUCAGCCGGGUCUGACACUGAGGCAACUUCCUGCACUUAAAUUAAACGCUGCGAAGGGUUUGAAGCGGUACAGGCCAUUCGAGUCGGAAACAUCAGUCAAGCUAACAUCAGGUAUUUAUGCUCGUUAACAGCAAUGACUAACCAGUUCCAGUUGAGGUCAUUUGUUUUUCUGCUCACUCUAAGAGGCUUGGUCUCAAGCAUUGUAGAAGAUUCAUCAAAUGCAACCGAACUUCACCCCACCAGUGGACCUCCACUGACCACUGGCAUUAGAGAAGGGCGGUUUCCAGAAACCACCCACAGCCAACCUGACCAGGGAAAUGGAACUUCUAAAAACCCUAACAAUGUAGAAGGAACUGAAACAAACGGCACUAAACACCCUCCGACAGGUAAUGAAAGUUUAGCAAGUACUGAAACUCCUCUGCAAACCUCAUUUCCUGAGAAACAUGCCAGUUCGGACUCUACAACGGCAAGCUCCGCACCUGCAUUUUCUGCCUCAGCGAAUGGCACAAAUACCGUCCCUAUUGCGGUGACAACGACUCGGAUACCAACAGAGGGUCCUUCCACUUCAGGAACAACGGUCAAGUCAGUGCUUACAUCAACUGAAGAAAAAAGUACCAAUCACACACCAACUACGGUUCAUAGCACGCACAAAACGGACCUAUCGACCACCAAAGUUUGUCCUACAGCCGAACCAAAAAAGGACAAUCUUGUGGGUCGUUGCCUUAUAGUCAUCGCUAGUUUAUCUGCUGUUUCGAUCGUCUUCAUCAUAACCACCAUCAUCUUGGCUACAAAGUUAACCGGCAGCAGAUACAGGCACAGAGCCAGGCUGCUUCACGAGACCGAGAUGGUCUGCAUAUCGGCCCUCAUGAACGAUUGCGAUCAUCCCCUUCCCACACAGAAGCAUCCCAAAAGCAACGGCGCCCUGAUCCCCAUUACUGAGGAUGAGGACGGUGAUGAUCUCACCCUCAACAGCUUCCUACAUGAUACGGAAGGUACAGCAUAGAUGUUGGGUUUGUUUUUGAACGCAAAUUAGGAAAAAAAAAAAGGAAAGAAAAAAGAAGCAACCAAGCGUUUGCAAUGAGGAUCAAGAUGGGGUUGAUCUCGCUUCCUCAGUUCUUCCAUAACCACUGGUCCUUUGAUUUAAUCAAGCUUGUCUUAAAUGCCUUUAAACAAGCCUGGUGACUUUUUAUGUUUUUUAAUCGAAAAACAAAGGAGUUGAAUCAUUUCUAUAAAUGAAAUAUGAAUCAUUGUGAUAAAUAUUUGCACAUGGCCUAUGAUGAAUGUGUUGUGUACUGAUGCAUAACAGGAGAUUAGUUUCCUAUUGAGGGCCCAGUUAUCAGUUGUCAGUUGCUGGUUGUCAGCACAGAUGAUAAUAUUUGUGUUUGUAUUGGUGUUGCACAGGAAGUGUAUGGAACGUGUAAGACUGAUGACAGGAAGAGGAAGUGCAUUUUAAAUAUAGUUGUGUGUAUUUCUGUGACAGAAGAGCUGCCUAGUGAUAGCAGCCUUCGUCUCUAGGUUUCUUUCCAGCCCAAGGACUUUGUGCGUAUACUUCAGCAAGUUCAUACCCAUACACUUGGAUAUUUAUACACCUUCUUUCAUAACCUAGUUUGUAAAGAACUUUUUAUCUGAUGUAAUGUGUUAUAAAUGAAAUACCGUUUACCAUCAUUUGUCUGUUGUAAUCCACUUUUCAUAUUAAUCACCAGUCAGUUGACUUAUGUCAUUUGUACAGUUGUGUUCCUGUUUCCAGUCUCCUCUUUCAUGAUUCAGAAGUUCCCAACAACAGGUUGGGUGCUGGUUUGUUAUAACCCAUGUGCAAGAAACUUCAUUCAGAGACAUCUAUGCAUGUGGUGCGCAUCAGGACACGAUCCACACUGGACGCUACACAAGUUACAAAACAAGGGGUUAGGUUUUGAGCUCAUGAAACAGAAAAGAAUCGGCUCACAGGAUGGGUUCUUCUGCAUGAUAGACUUCCUUCAUUCAUUUUCAGUUUCUGCUUCAUCUUAGUUUGCAUUGUGUUUAUAGAACAAAUGUGCUACAGUAGCAGGGACGAUGUAGUUGAAUUGGUGUUAGAAAUGUUAUUUUAACAAAUGUUUGAGAACUGGGACAAAGCAUGUUUUUAUUAUUAUAUUGUGGGUUAUCAAACCCUAUUUCAGAACAAUCUCCCAGUUGUAACAUUUUUGUACAAAUGAUAGCCUUUACAUUGCAUUACAGAAUUUUUAUUAUAUUUAUUUAUUUUCUGGAAAAAGAAGUUUUGUUUUAAUAACCGAUUUCUUUUUUGUAAUGGUCAUAAUUAUUUCAAAAUUCAAUGUAGCACCUUCUAAUAACAUUUAAUUAGGAUGAAAAACUGGCUUCCUCUAAGAAAUUACGAAAAAUCCUAAAGCUUUUUAAUUAAAAAGUAGUAAUCCUAUUAAUAAAUUGUUCAUUAAUGUUAACAAAUGUAAUAUUUCAUUAGAAAUACACUGAUGUGGGAACAAUUUCUGUUUCUGCGGUGCUGACACCCUAACUAGAAAUUCAGUUUUUUUUGGCCAGUGGUGGCAGGAAACGCAUGGCCGGUGGCCCAAGGUGGUGUUUGCACAGGUAGCCACAGGCAUUCAUCAGCAUUUGUGUCAUACUGUCGAUGUUUCACAGGUUUACCUCCCCACUGUAAUGGUAGGCAGCGUCAUCAUCAACUUUUAUGUCAUACUGUAAUUAUGUCACUGGUGUUCCUCACUGAAAACGCCAGUGCAACUGUAACAGCCAGAACGGACGUGUCAGGCCGAACUCGGGGCUACUGAAACCCCGGAUCAGACUGCAGAGCCUCUACAGGCUACCAAAACACUGGAGCAGUGUGAGGAGCGGGUGCAAAUUGACCCCACACUCUCUAUUCUAAGGUAUAUAGUAGCACUCAGCAUGUGGGUGGAGCUGCGGGUAAACCUCAUGUACGCAGGCGAGCCGUGGGUAACCUCUUUUAAGAGAUCUCUGAGAGAUAUCAAGGUCAAAGGUUUUACAGAUACAAAACUAUUACAUUUUAUUAUAAACGUUUAUACAGAAUUUAACACCUUCAAAAUGUUUUUAAAAUCUAAAAAUUAUUCCAAUGUAAACAAGUUUUAGCAUUGAACUUUUUUUUUUUUUUUUUUUUAAAUACAGCUUACAUUUUUUUAAACCACUGAAUUGUGAUUUUAAGUGGCACCUGCAGGGCCUGAGUUCGAUACCCCUUCUGGUUGUGUGUGCAUGUUCUCCCCAUGCUUGUGGGCUUCCUCUGGGCUCUCCGGUUUCCUCCCACAGUCCAGUGACAUGCAGAUUAAAUUAAUUGGCGUUUCCAAAUUGCCUAUAGUGUGUGAAUGAGCAUGUACAGUAUGUGUGUGGACUUGUAAAGCAAUGAAACAAGCUUUAAACUAAACAAUAAAUUAAUAUUAACAGGAAAUUAACUUUUGCUGAAGAAAAUGUAAAAAAAAGUCAUUUUAAAUAGUGAAAUAAAAUCUAUUUUGGCUGCAUCCGUCAGUGCUGUCACACAUUAA